AUGGAAAAGGGUUUUGGAGAACCUGGCGGAGGAAAGACAACAUUAUUACGUUGGCUCACGUUGGAAUUUGCCGGUUUUCUUCGUCAGGGAGAGACAGAGAAAUUUUCGAUAGAAGGACGAAACGAAUGGGAAACAUUAGCAGUCCAAACACCGCUCAUAAACUGUUCAGUUAUAUCAUUUGCACGAAUACCCAUAUUAAUUAGAACACAGUUCGAUGCAGUAGCUAUCGAAUGGAUUCUUCGAGAUUUAGCUGUGCAUCUUUACAACAAUUGUCCAUCCGGUUGGAUCGAUACAUUCGAUCUUAUCCGAUUGGCUUUCAUAUCUCUCAAAGCACUUGUCCAACAGAGAGGCAAUGGAUCCAUAUCGAAUGAUAAAUUGAACAAACAUGCAAAAGACUUUGUUGAUCUGCUAUCUUGUAACGUAGUGGGUUUCGCGACGGCACGAGGGCUAGACGCUUAUGGGUUUGUCCAUCGCACACUCGAAGAAUAUUUUGUUGCUCUGACUAUUGUUAGUCCUCUAACUCAGGAUAAUGUUCUUUCGGCUAAGAUGAUGGUGGAUCGCAUCCUCAACUGCAUGUGGAAGGCUGAAUAUCAUGAACCUCUUGCACUUGCUAUCGGCUGGUUAGAUCUCAAAUGGCAAUCGGACGACAUGAAUGCGUUCUGUUUAGAAUUGAUGGAAAGACGUAUUGGGAGCCUACCAAUUGGUUGUCUUCUAUUAACCGAUGUUCUUAGACGUCUAGAUUCUUCUCGUUCUUCUCGUAUGUUAACGCUUCUUUUCACCUACAUUCUUUUUUCUUCGGCUGCAGAUGAUGUUUCGAAAGAAUACCUUCGACAAGGCUUAGAUAAUGUAACACAGGAAGUUGCUGACGAAUUAUUUGAAAACCUCUUACACGAUCCAAGUCGUAUCGAACGCACAUGUGAAUUUCUCAUCUACUGUAUGGAGCCUAUUGCUGGUGAAGAUCGAUGGGUCCUACCGUCAUGGAUGCGCAACUCAAGAUUGGCUUUUCUUGCAACAUGGGAUGACAAAGACGUGAAUGUUGAAACAGUCGUCGAUCUAAUCUUUCGUCGUAGCGCACCUCUUUCACGGGACAUCGACUACAACAUUCUGCAAUCGUUUUUAAUAGAUGAAAAGAUUUCUGGAAAUCAAAUUCAUCCUGCAGCUCUGUCAGUUAUUAUAGCUCUGUGUGGUGGUAUCGUGAAAGUAGAGAAUUCGAUCAUAUUUGAUCCGUUCCAAAUGCAUCGCGUAACUCCUUUAGCGCCUUUGUUAAUCGAAUAUUUCAAGAAGGAUAUGCAUGCUGCUGCUCAAGACAUACAGUGGUUACUUAAUGAAUGCGAGAUAAUCACUUUUGAGGCAUCAGCAGAUGAUGAUAUCGUUCAAAAGCAUCAAUUGGAAUGGUACACGGCAGCAAUCAUACAAACGGUAAAAACGACCAAGUUUGAGUAUAGGCCCGAAGAUGAUGAGUUAUCAACUCCGGUCAAUGUCGAUUUUGCUGUUGUGAGGACUGCUAUAGAGAAGGCGCAAGAACGUAUAUCGAAGGCACUUUCUCCUUCGGAGGAUAUGCGAGCAGCUGAUGCUGAUCUGCAACUAUUCUCGGCAGCACUCUCCAUUAUUCGUAUGUGUCAGUUCACUCAUGAACAGAAAGAACUAUUCGAGGAAGCAGCGCGAGCAACACGAUCUAUUCAAGAUGGCGUCCUGCGUAUCCUUUGCGUUCGACAUAUGUGUCAAAUAGUUGGUCGAUGGCCGGACACGGCUCUUUACGAUAUAUUACGACAAAUACUCAUCGAAGAUAAUCUGAGACAACUGUCGCAUAAUUUGCCAUUGAUAAUUAAGGCACUUGUACUCGUUUCGUGUAUAGAAGAGGGAGAAAAGAUGCACCCAUUGCUAAACCAACUGUUUGACAAUGUGGUGAGAUGUUUGAAUCAAUCACCCAAAGAUGAAGAGGACGCUGGUGAUCAGGAAAGCGUGUUCCAAGCACUUCGUGCCUCAAGUUCAAGCAUAGCUGGACUUGAAAUGCAGAUUCCUUCUUCGUUUAAGACUCGGUCACACUUAUCUGAUAUUCUCGAACUUAAUUCGCCUGUAUUACACUCAUUGCUGUUUCGUACCGAACCAACCUUUCGUGGUUUCCCCGACAACGUUCUCCUAUGCCAAAUCUAUAUCGCUGAACUAACAGUCGAUACACAGACACUCAUGGCUCUUGCGCCGUUUCGAGGUAAUUAUACUCCGACACUAAGAUCGCUAAAUUUAACAGGAAAACUGUUCGAACUUUGGAACUGGACGUGGCCUGGAAAGAAAUUCUCUCAUCAUCGGCUUGUGUCGAUCAAUACGUAUUUACAUUCUGCACUAAAUCAAAGGAUCGAACCAGCCGUUUGGUUUGAUGACCGUAGUGUAUGUGACGGCAUCGAAGUCCGAGAUCGAUCUAUGAUUGAACAUUGGUUGUUAUACUACAAUGACAAGAACAACGAAGGUCUCUGGCAGUUUGCUUUACUUGCUGUUGCUUUGCUCUUGAAAAGUGGACAUGAAAUGUUUUCAUCGUCUGUUAUGGAGAGAAUGUUUAGAAUACUGGAAAAAGCGUUCUUUCACGAUGUCGACAGCAUUCGUUAUCAAGCACGAACAGCCUUCCACUGCUGGUACUACGACAAGGUCUAUGUUACAUGUAGAGCGUGGAGUCCAUGGCUGUGGCGAGUGCUGCGACGUAUUUGGUCACAUUCUUCGUCGUUUCCAAAAUUACAUGUCGAAUCUGUCAAUGAUAUCAGUCUGGUGCUAGAAUUAGAAAGCGACCGAUUAAGAGUACCAGCAAAAGGCGAUGCCGUCAAAGACGAACGAUUUUCUUUCUUUGUUUUAAUACGCAGUUGUUCACAAAAUGUGCACAACUAUCUUGUGGCACAUAUUCGCUCAGUCUUAAGCUGUGAUUCAACGAUAAACGAUGAGUAUCUCGCAACUGUGAUAGUUCAUCUGGUUGAAGUUGAAAUAUCGAUUGAUCCCGAACUACAGAAUGAACACUUUUUUCUACUAUUAAAAACGAUUUUUUAUGAACAGCAUUCAUUGCCUUUCACACAACGAGCAGCGUUGUUUGCACUGACAUCUCAAGAACAAGGCCGAAACCUUUUAGGAAAUACAAUACGAUUAUUCCACCAGGACAUAGCUCAUAAAUCCAACCCGGUCACGACACAAGAACGAGCAAAGCUCACAGAUAACGUUCUCAGUCUAUGUUUAUGGGCUUUGGCGGAUGCUCCUGUUGAACAUCGUUCUGUAGACAAAUCUUUUUUCAGGUCGAUUGAAGAACUAUCCAACUCAGAUGCGAUUUCUCGCCAUGCUGCUGCCUGUUACGGCUGGCUGUUAUGGACGGAUAAGGAGUAUCAUGAAAGCAUUGACGAUAUGCAACUUCGAUUAGAUGUUACUGCUGACUUUCUUUAUACUGUACUGACAGCAAGAAGACAGUGUACGGUCGAAAGAGAAGGACAUAGUGACUGGUGUACUUAUACAGUUGAGUUGCUCAGAAGUCACUGGAACGAACUAGCUGAUCGCUUUUUGGAUGACUGCUACGCUUCAUUAUGUGCUUCUUCACGAACACUGAACCGGUUCAACCGAGGCGCUGAUUUUUUAUUUGUUGCAUGCGAACUGGCUGAACAAGAGCCUGAAUUAUUUUAUCAAGGAGUGCGAAAGUGCGUCUACGCUGAGGAAGCAUUCAAAAAGGCGCUUUAUCUAGCAUGGAAAAAAGGAAAUGUCGAGCAGCGACGUAUGUGUAUCGAGCUGUACUCAGUGUUCGAAGUGAUAACAGUGGAUUUGAUUGAUAUGCUCUUUACCGAUCUUCCUGAUCUCUAUCAAAACAAUGAAACGCUCUUUACUCCAUUGAACGAAAUUGAAAAUCGCGAAGCGAUCGAAAGUCUCUUUCCUUACCUACACUCUGUCUCGAUGGCAAAAAGAUACCUUGCUGCCAAUUCCUUGGUUCAUCUCGCUAUUCUGGAGCACAUCUCCUGUGUAGAAGUCUCACAACUACUACAAGACGUUCUUAACGAUCCUAUGUCUAAUCAACUACUUUACGAUCCAAAACAAGAAAGAAGCAAACCUUUGAGCGAGCAGAUUCGACGUCUUCUAUUGAUGCUAACUUGUUUGCAUCAAGUCUCCAGCAGAGAAUUGUUACAUGUUCUUACGCCCGAGAAAGUAAUAGCUGACUUUUAUGAAUGUCUUGAGGCACUUCGUUAUCCAUUUCAUGAACUGACAUAA